GCGGAGCCUCCUGGGGCUGGGGGACAGGCAGUGGCUGCAGGGGAAAGUGAUCCAAACCGGUGCCAGACUGUCUAAUCCCCUGCAGGUGCCUCUGAUCGGCUCUCCGCUCCCACCAUGGGGGAACUAUUCCGGAGCGAGGAGAUGACCCUGGCCCAGCUCUUCCUGCAGUCUGAAGCUGCGUACUGCUGCGUCAGCGAGCUGGGAGAACUGGGGAAGGUGCAGUUCCGUGAUCUAAACCCGGACGUGAACGUUUUCCAGCGGAAAUUCGUGAACGAAGUCCGACGAUGUGAAGAAAUGGAUCGCAAACUCCGCUUUGUGGAGAAGGAGAUCCGGAAGGCGAAUAUUGCAAUUCUGGACACGGGCGAGAACCCUGAAGUGCCCUUUCCUCGGGAUAUGAUUGACUUGGAGGCCAAUUUUGAGAAGAUUGAGAACGAGCUGAAAGAGAUCAACACCAACCAGGAGGCACUGAAGAGAAACUUCCUGGAGCUGACCGAGCUGAAGUUUAUCCUGCGCAAAACCCAGCAAUUCUUCGACGAGGCUGAAUUGCAUCAUCAGCAGAUGGCGGAUCCAGACCUGUUGGAGGAGUCCUCGUCCCUCUUGGAGCCGAGCGAGAUCGGGAGAGGCGCGGCCCUGCGGCUUGGCUUUGUGGCCGGGGUGAUCAACCGGGAGCGGAUCCCCACCUUCGAGCGCAUGCUGUGGCGGGUGUGCCGCGGGAAUGUGUUCCUGCGCCAGGCGGAGAUAGAGACCCCCCUGGAGGACCCGGUGACCGGAGACCACGUGCACAAGUCUGUGUUCAUCAUCUUCUUCCAAGGAGACCAACUAAAAAACCGCGUCAAGAAAAUCUGUGAGGGGUUCCGUGCUUCCCUCUACCCCUGCCCUGAAACACCGCAGGAGAGGAAGGAGAUGGCUUCUGGCGUGAACACUCGCAUCGAAGACCUGCAGAUGGUGCUAAACCAGACGGAGGACCACCGCCAGAGGGUCCUGCAGGCAGCCGCCAAGAACAUCCGGGUGUGGUUCAUCAAGGUGCGCAAGAUGAAGGCCGUCUACCACACCCUGAACCUGUGCAACAUCGACGUGACCCAGAAGUGUCUGAUCGCCGAGGUCUGGUGCCCCGUCACGGACCUCGAUUCCAUCCAGUUCGCCCUGCGCAGGGGCACGGAACACAGCGGCUCCACGGUGCCGUCCAUCCUGAACCGCAUGCAGACCAACCAGACCCCUCCCACCUACAACAAGACCAACAAGUUUACAUCGGGCUUCCAGAACAUCGUCGACGCCUACGGCAUCGGCACCUACCGCGAGAUCAACCCCGCACCCUACACCAUCAUCACGUUCCCCUUCCUCUUCGCCGUGAUGUUCGGGGACUUUGGCCACGGGGUCCUGAUGACACUGUUUGCGGCCUGGAUGGUGAUGCGUGAGAGUCGGAUCCUGUCCCAGAAGAACGAGAACGAGAUGUUUGGCACCAUCUUCAGCGGCCGCUACAUCAUCCUCCUGAUGGGCAUCUUCUCCAUCUACACUGGCCUCAUCUACAACGACUGCUUCUCCAAAUCUUUGAAUAUCUUCGGCUCCUCCUGGAGUGUCCGCCCAAUGUUCAAGUAUAACUGGACGGAAGAGACGGUCAGGGACAACGCGGUUCUCCAGCUGAACCCUGCUUUAAAAGGGGUCUUCGGGGGGCCGUACCCCUUCGGCAUCGACCCGAUAUGGAACAUCGCCACCAACAAGCUGACCUUCCUCAACUCCUUCAAGAUGAAGAUGUCUGUCAUCCUUGGCAUUGUCCACAUGCUGUUUGGAGUCACCCUCAGCCUCCUCAACCAUGUCUACUUCAAGAGACCCCUGAAUAUCUACCUGGGCUUCAUUCCUGAAAUGAUCUUCAUGACCUCUCUGUUUGGCUAUCUGGUCGUCUUGAUCUUCUACAAGUGGAUAGCAUACGAUGCCUUCACGUCAGAAAACGCGCCCAGCCUGCUGAUCCACUUCAUCAACAUGUUCCUGUUCUCCUAUGAGCCCAGCGCUAUCAUGCUCUACAAGGGCCAGAAAGGCGUCCAGUGCUUCCUCGUGGUCAUGGCGUUCCUGUGUGUGCCCUGGAUGCUGCUGGUCAAGCCGCUGGUCCUCCGCCACCAGUACUUGAGGAGAAAGCGCCUGUCCGCCCCCUCCUCUGCUUCCAUUCCCGAUCAGGAAGGGCAAGCCAGCCCAGCCCAAGCCAGCCCGGCCCCGGGAGAGCAGGCACUCGAGGCCGCAGCGGCUGCGACAGGGACUCACAACUUCGGUGGGAUCAGGGUGGGCAACGGCCCCACGGAGGAGGAUGCUGAGAUCAUCCAGCACGACCAGCUCUCCACCCAUUCCGAAGACCCGGAUGAACCUACCGAGGACCAGUUGUUUGACUUUGGCGACACCAUGGUGCACCAGGCCAUCCACACCAUCGAGUACUGCCUGGGCUGCAUCUCCAACACGGCCUCCUACCUGCGCCUCUGGGCCCUCAGCCUGGCCCACGCCCAGCUGUCUGAGGUGCUGUGGACCAUGGUCAUCCACAUCGGCCUCAGCAUCAACAGCCUGGCGGGCGGCUUUGGGCUCUUCGUCAUCUUCGCGGCCUUUGCCGGGCUGACCAUCGCCAUCCUGCUGAUCAUGGAGGGCCUGUCGGCCUUCCUGCACGCUCUGAGGCUGCACUGGGUCGAGUUCCAGAACAAGUUCUACACCGGCACCGGCUUCAAGUUCCUCCCCUUCUCCUUCGACUGCAUCCGAGAGGGGAAGUUUGACGAGUGAACCUCCCCUCGUACCCACCUGCCCCACCCUUCCCCUCCCCGGGGGCUUAUAGCUCUGACUGUAUCUGUGACUGUGUGUGUGUGUGUGUGUGUUUGUGUGUGCACGUGCACCUGUGGGGACCACUGGGCCCGAGGGGUGAUGGCCGCCUCGCUUCCCUCCCCACACCCAUUCCUGGGACUAGGAGCGAUACCUAGGGAAACCGGAGUUAGGGCCUCCCAUCUUCCCCAGAGAGACGCGGCCCUGCCUCUCGCCUGCAGCUGCAGUGACGGUCAGGGUUUGCCCCCUGGCCAGACCCCGUUGCCAUCCACGCGUGUUGCUGUGCUCAUGACAGCCAAGGUCCACCCUCAACCCUUGUCUAUGAGCGUUCUUCCCCUUGGGUUCGCUGUCCGCCCCCACUCCCUGCGUGUACGGAGCACCCUGCCCCGUGGGGUCACCCUCCGCCCCGGCCCCCGCGGCAGCAGAGAUUCCCACUCAGAAUAAAUCGUGUUUGACGUCAGUA